AUGGCGGUGCCGGUGGUUAGGGAUUUGAGGUCAGCACACCAGGUGUUUGAUGAUAUGCCUGACAGAAAUUUGAUUUUUUGCUGGACUUGUUUGAUUUCUGGAUAUGCUAAACUCGGAUCAUCCGAAGACGCCCUCAAUUUAUUUACGAUGAUGCUCGACGAAAAUCUGCUGCCUGAAAGUGAUACCAUGGUGGAGCAGAGUAGGGUGAAUUUCGAUCAGAUUUCUGACAAAGGUAAAAGAAGCAUUCUUUCUUGGAAUCUCGCAAUUGCAUUGAUAGAUAUGUACUCGAAAUGCGGGAAUUUGGAUGCUACGAGAGAAAUUUUCGCCGAGAUAGUCGAAAAAGAUGUGGUUUCAUUCAACGCCAUGAUCGUAGGUCUUGCUGUAAACGGCAAAGGAGAUGAAGCUUUGAGACUCUUCUCCGAAAUGCAAGAGCUUUGUCUGCUUCUUCCAGAUUCCGGAACUUUCCUCGGUGCCUUAUCUGCGUGGUUCUUGAUGGAUAUUUCAAGAAAGGCGAUAUGA